UGGCAAAAAAUCCAUGUCAUUUCACUCUUUCUUAAUUCAACUCACUUCCUCACUCAUUCCAUUCCGAUCUCUACCAUUUCCUUUUGUGUAUAUAUAUAAAUAGGCCAUUGACAAAACCAUUCUACACCAAUAGAACCCCACACUCACUAACAACUUUCCCAUUUCAAGAUGGCAUCUUCAUCUCUAACAAUUUCACCAAGAAAGCUUCGUUCAGAUGUAUAUUCUUUUUCAUACCAACAAGAUUCAAGCACACCAUUAGUUAUAAAUGUUCUUGCUUCACUAAUUGAGAGAAACAUGGCAAGAACAAAGAGAAUAGUAAAAAAUUGUUCAAGAUCUUUGUCCAAAGCCAUUAGCACAAAUAUCUUUGAUUGUAGAGAGAUCCCAGAUUUGACAAUUCAAUCUUAUCUUGAGAGAAUUUUUAGGUACACUAAAGCAGGACCUUCAGUUUAUGUUGUGGCUUAUGUUUAUAUUGAUAGGUUUUGUCAGAUUAAUCCUGGAUUUAGAAUCAAUGCUAGGAAUGUUCAUAGGCUUCUUAUUACAACUAUCAUGGUGGCUUCCAAAUAUGUUGAAGACUUGAACUACAGAAAUUCAUACUUUGGAAGAGUUGGUGGAUUAACAACAAGUGAGAUAAACAAGUUAGAGUUGGAAUUCCUUUUCAUGAUGGGUUUCAAAUUACAUGUAAAUGUGAGUGUUUUUGAGAGUUAUUGUUCCCAUUUAGAGAGGGAAGUUGGAAUUGGAGGAGGGUAUCACAUUGAGAAGACACUUAGGUGUGCAGAAGAAAUCAAAGCUAGACAUAGAGAAGAAAUUCGGGGUUACGCACAGAUUCCUCGCGUCAUGUUGUAAUCAACUUGUUAUCUUUCUGUUGUUAUUUGAAUCAUGUAUCAUUGCGAUAUUGUGAGAGGCUAAAUUUGUGUAUGUUUGAAUGAGUGGUGAGUUUGUAAAAAUCACAGUGACACCGUGAGUCGUACCAUCGCAUCGAUUCUAGACACAGCCUGUUACUACUAUGUUGGGUUUCUUCACACACGUUUAGGAAGUUUUUGUGUACAAAUCAAGGUACCAAGGGAUUUGUUUGUUCUGGUUUUGAGUAAUAGGGAGAGCGCAACCAAUGCAUGAGAAAUGUAAAAGUUUGUUUUGUUUCUUACCAUGUAAUCAGUAUUUUUUUUUUUUCUUCAUA